CCCCCUCCCAACCCCAGGCUGAGGCGUGAGGCUGCGAGCUCUCUCUCUCUUGGCUGCUUCUCUUGGCUCCGACGACCUGUAAUUAUGGGGCAAGAGCCGCGGACGCUGCCGCCCUCCCCCAACUGGUACUGCGCCCGCUGCAGCGAUGCCGUGCCCGGGGGCCUCUUUGGCUUCGCCGCGCGGACCUCCGUCUUCCUUGUCCGCGUGGGCCCGGGCGCAGGCGAGAGUCCUGGGACACCUCCGUUUCGAGUCAUAGGAGAGUUGGUGGGACACACCGAGAGGGUCUCUGGCUUCACAUUUUCUCAUCACCCUGGUCAGUACAACCUCUGUGCCACCAGCUCCGACGAUGGGACUGUGAAAAUAUGGGAUGUAGAGACAAAAACAGUUGUGACAGAACAUGCACUCCAUCAGCAUACGAUAUCAACAUUACAUUGGUCUCCUCGAGUAAAGGACUUAAUAGUAUCUGGGGAUGAAAAAGGAGUAGUUUUCUGUUACUGGCUUAACAGAAAUGACAGCCAGCAUCUCUUUAUAGAACCCAGGACAAUUUUCUGUCUUACUUGUUCACCUCAUCAUGAAGAUUUAGUAGCCAUUGGGUACAAGGAUGGCAUAGUGGUUAUAAUUGACAUCAGUAAGAAAGGAGAAGUUAUUCAUAGGCUUCGAGGCCAUGAUGAUGAAAUCCACUCCAUAGCCUGGUGUCCCCUGCCUGGUGAAGAUUGUUUAUCUAUAAACCAAGAGGAAACUUCAGAAGACCCUGAAAUUACCAAUGGGAAUGCUAUAGGACAAGCUCCAGGAACAAAUGGCUGCUACUUAGCCACUGGGAGCAAAGAUCAAACCAUUAGAAUCUGGAGCUGUUCCAGAGGCCGAGGGGUGAUGAUUUUGAAAUUGCCCUUUCUGAAGAGAAGAGGAGGGGGUAUAGACCCAACUGUUAAAGAGCGCCUUUGGUUGACACUCCAUUGGCCCAGCAAUCAGCCGUCACAGCUGGUAUCUAGCUGUUUUGGAGGUGAGCUGUUGCAAUGGGAUCUCACUCAGUCUUGGAGACGGAAAUACACCCUCUUUAGUGCUUCAUCAGAAGGGCAAAAUCAUUCAAGAAUUGUGUUUAAUUUAUGUCCUUUACAAACAGAGGAUGACAAACAGCUACUACUUUCUACAUCAAUGGAUAGAGAUGUAAAAUGUUGGGACAUGGCCACCCUGGAUUGCUGCUGGACCCUGCCUUCCCUUGGUGGGUUUGCGUACAGCCUGGCUUUCUCUCCUGUGGACAUAGGCUCUUUGGCCAUAGGUGUUGGGGAUGGCAUGAUCCGUGUAUGGAAUACACUCUCCAUAAAGAACAACUAUGAUGUGAAAAACUUUUGGCAAGGUGUCAAGUCCAAGGUUACAGCGCUCUGCUGGCACCCAACCAAGGAAGGUUGCUUAGCUUUUGGAACUGAUGAUGGAAAAGUAGGAUUGUAUGACACCUACUCCAACAAGCCUCCACAGAUUUCUAGCACAUAUCAUAAGAAGACUGUAUAUACUUUAGCCUGGGGGCCACCAGUACCCCCGAUGUCACUUGGAGGAGAAGGAGACAGACCUUCCCUUGCUUUAUACAGCUGUGGAGGAGAAGGGAUUGUCUUACAGCAUAACCCUUGGAAGCUUAGUGGAGAGGCCUUUGACAUCAACAAACUCAUCAGGGACAGCAAUUCAAUCAAAUUCAAAUUGCCUGUACACACAGAGAUCAGUUGGAAAGCAGAUGGCAAAAUCAUGGCUCUUGGCAAUGAAGAUGGAACAAUAGAAAUAUUUCAGGUUCCCAACUUGAAACUGAUCUGUACUAUCCAACAGCAUCACAAGCUUGUGAAUACCAUUAGCUGGCAUCAUGAGCAUGGCAGUCAGCCAGAGCUGAGCUAUCUGAUGGCCUCUGGCUCCAAUAAUGCAGUCAUUUAUGUGCACAACCUGAAGACUGUCAUAGAGAGCAGCCCUGAGUCUCCAGUGACCAUUACAGAGCCCUACCGGACUCUCUCGGGGCAUACAGCCAAGAUUACCAGUGUGGCGUGGAGCCCACAUCAUGAUGGAAGGCUGGUAUCUGCUUCCUAUGAUGGUACAGCCCAGGUGUGGGAUACUCUCCGGGAAGAACCCCUGUGUAAUUUCCGAGGACAUCGAGGUCGACUGCUUUGUGUGGCGUGGUCUCCUUUGGAUCCAGACUGCAUCUAUUCAGGGGCAGAUGACUUCUGUGUGUACAAGUGGCUCACUUCCAUGCAAGAUCAUUCCCGGCCUCCUCAAGGCAAAAAAAGUAUUGAAUUAGAGAAAAAACGACUCUCUCAACCUAAGCCAAAGCCCAAAAAGAAGAAAAAGCCCACCUUGAGAACUCCUGUAAAGCUGGAAUCGAUAGAUGGGAAUGAAGAAGAAAGCAUGAAGGAGAACUCAAGACCUGUUGAGAAUGGUGUGUCAGACCAAGAAGGGGAGGAGGAAGCACGGGAGCCAGAAUUACCCUGUGGCCUGGCUCCAGCGGUUUCUAGGGAACCAGUUAUCUGCACUCCAAUUUCCUCAAGCUUUGAAAAGUCAAAAGUCACCAUUAAUAACAAAGUCAUUUUACUGAAAAAGGAGCCACCUAAAGAGAAGCCAGAAGCCUUAGUCAAGAAGAGAAAAGCUCGUUCCACGCUUCCCCUGAGUACAAGCCUGGACCACAGAUCCAAAGAGGAGCUUCAUCAGGACUGUUUGGUAUUAGCAACGGCAAAGCACUCCAAAGAGCUGAAUGAAGAUGUGUCUGCUGAUCUUGAGGAAAGAUUUCAUCUGGGGCUUUUCACAGACAGGGCUACCCUGUACAGAAUGAUUGAUAUUGAAGGAAAAGGUCACUUAGAAAAUGGCCACCCUGAGUUAUUUCACCAGCUUAUGCUUUGGAAAGGAGAUCUCAAAGGUGUUCUCCAGACUGCAGCAGAAAGAGGGGAGCUGACAGACAACCUUGUGGCUAUGGCACCCGCGGGUAUGGUUUUUGUUUGUUUGUUCUUUUCAACAAAAGCUCUAUCAUCUCUAGGAUGCAUCUACUCAAGAUGGCUCUUAGCAGUAUCAGUCUUAAGCUUGAAAUCUCAUGAAGGCCAGGCGCAGUGGCUCACUGUAAUCCCAGCUCUUUGGGAGGCCGAGGUGGGCGGAUCACUUGAGGUCAGGAGCUUGGAACAGUUUGGUGGCAUCCUUGGCACCUACUUUGUGAGGAUAUUUAACUCAGACUCUGGCUUCUCUCCCCAGCUCCUGCUUCACAUUUGCCAUGACUUGACCCUGGCAGUGCUGAGCCAGCAGAUGGCCUCCUGGGACGAGGCUGUGCAGGCGCUCCUUCGGGCAGUGGUCCGGAGCUAUGACUCGGGGAGCUUCACCAUCAUGCAGGAAGUGUACUCAGCCUUUCUCCCUGACGGCUGUGACCACCUAAAAGACAAAUUGGGUGACCAUCAAUCCCCUGCCAUACCAGCUUUCAGAAGUUUGGAGGCCUUUUUUCUUUAUGGGCGUCUGUAUGAAUUCUGGUGGUCUCUCUCCAGGCCUUGCCCAAAUUCCAGUGUCUGGGUUAGGCUUGGUCACAGCACACUCUCUGUUGAGCCAAGCCAGCAGUUAGACACUAUCAGCACUGAAGAAACUGACCCUGAAACUUCUCAGCCAGAGCCAAGCAGGCCUUCAGAACUAGACUUGAAACUCACAGAAGAAGGUGAGCGAAUACUGAGCACAUUUAAGGCGCUCCUUUCAGAAAAGCAUGCCAGUCUCCAAAACUCACAGAGAACUGUUGCUGAAGUCCAAGAGACCUUGGCAGAAAUGAUCCGCCAACACCAGAAGAGUCAACUCUGUAAAUCCACAGCAAAUGGUCCUGAUAAGAGUGAACCGGACCUAGCAGCAGAGCAGCCCCUCUCCAGUUCUCAGAGCCAAUGUGAAGAAGAAAAAAACGAGCCACUUUCUCUGCCUGAAUUAACCAAGAGGCUUACAGAGGCAAAUGAGAGAAUGGCGAAAUUUCCUGAGAGUGUUAAGGCCUGGCCCUUCCCAGAUGUGCUGGAGUGCUGCCUCGUCUUGCUUCUCAUCGGGUCCCACUUUCCUGACUGUCUGACCCAGGAAAUGCAGCAGCAGGCCCAAGAGCUCCUUCAGAAAUAUAGCAACACUAAAACUUACAAAAGGCACCGCCAGACCUUCUGUACAUGAAUUUUCACAACCUUGAAGAAACUGCCAAAUUGAAAAUGUUUGACACCUUUCACUUCUGCAGUUACACCGCAUCAGACAUUCACUCUGGUCCCUGAUGUUUUUGCAGUAAUCCAAAAGAAUGCAAAUGAGGGUUAAGUUUGAAUCAACUCUACGUAGCAAUAGACACAGUGGAUCUGACUUUAGAUUCAAUUGUAGUCUCCUCCUGGAGGGAAGAUCAUGAAAAGCUAGCAGUUGUUACUGAGAACAAACACCUGCAAAGUGUUGGUCAUCUCUAAAGCCUUAUGCAGGUUUCACCCAAAGAGGAGAAACUUCUGUCAUCACCUAAAGUGUUAUGUGCUUAAAACACAAGCUACCUUUAUAAAUACUUCAUCUGAUCAGAAACAUGUCAUGCUUGAGAUGGAGUUGCUGCAUUUUAUGACUACCUUUUUUAAAUUGUUUUUAUAAUAUUUAAUUUGAAAGAAGAGAACCUUCCCCCUCUACUCUUUCAUAGAUUGAAGUUUGAAUAUGAAAUAGGCCUUAACCAUCAUGUUGACUCUCCUGUCUGCAUUUUAGGUUGGAAAUUUGGUUUUUUUGUUUUAUGUAAUUGCUUAUUUGAACAGAUCACUUACUAAAGCUUUGGAAGAAGUGAUUCAAAUAUGUGUUUUCCCUUCAGUUUUGUAAGAAAUGGAUUGAUGGCAGUGAAAUAGCUUGGGAAUAAAUUACUGUUUUAAUGGUUCUUAAACUUUCUUGGAUCAUAGGAUCCUUUUGAGAAUCAGAUUAAAGCCACAGAUACUCUUUGGAGAAAAAUGCAUAUUCCUAAUUUUGCAUAGAUGACCUUUGGAUUAUUGGACUCCAACUACUGGGACCCUAAAUACUAUUUAAUUACAAAUCUUUUUUCUCUCCUCCUUCAUUAUUUAAACAGUUGAACAGUGUCAGGAACCGAUAUUUCUGUAAUAUCACAGUUGCUAGGGUUGGAAAAUCAGAAUCUGACAUCGGUAUGGAAAGAAGCACUUCUUCCAGAUAAUUGAACUGUUUUCCUCUGGGAUUCACUGUGAAGGCCUUUCUGCUCAA